AUGACGGACAAUUCUCACAUAUAUAUUGGAACCGCCUUCGUGGCGGGCGUGGUCCUCUCGAUAGCUUUCAAGGACCUGUUCUAUCCGGAGCUCGAGGAGCGCAUCAGAGAGUACCGUCGUCAUCGAUCUGCCAGAUCGCUCCAGGACGCUUCUACGGAUCCGCUUAUUGCGAGGCAUGGACCUCCCGCGAUCGUAGAGGGAAUUGAGGGCUGCAUAGGAAAUACUCCCCUGCUGCGAAUAAAGUCUUUGUCCGAUGCGACGGGGUGCGAAAUCCUUGGCAAGGCAGAAUUUCUCAAUGGAGCCGGCCAAAGCUCAAAAGACCGCGUGGCCUUGAGUAUGAUUGAAAUAGCAGAGGAGAAAGGCCUAUUGACUCCCCAUUCGGGAGAUACGGUCUACGAAGGUACAAGCGGCUCGACUGGCAUCUCAUUGGCGACAUUGGCUAGAGCAAAGGGAUACUUGGCACACAUCUGUAUGCCAUCUGACCAGGCCAUCGAAAAGUCAAAUCUACUCUUGAAACUAGGAGCAAUCGUCGAUCGCGUGCCGCCGGCUCCUAUUGUAGAAAAAGACAACUUUGUCAACCGCGCAAGAGCACUUGCCCAUACACAUUCUUCUUCGUCAGACGGCUCGAAUGGAAGAGGAUACUUUGCAGACCAAUUCGAGAAUGAGGCAAACUGGAGGGCUCAUUAUAACGGCACCGGCCCCGAGCUUUACGCCCAGUGCAAUGGGUCGAUGGAUGCAUUUGUUGCAGGUGCCGGAACUGGAGGCACCAUCUCUGGCGUCGCCCUCUUCCUCAAACCCAAGAUCCCGAACCUCACCGUUGUGGUAGCCGAUCCUCAAGGGAGUGGAUUAUACAAUCGGGUCCGUUACGGAGUCAUGUUCGAUCCGAAGGAGAAGGAGGGAACCCGACGUAGGAGACAAGUCGAUACUAUCGUGGAGGGCAUUGGAAUCAACCGCGUGACAGCAAACUUUGAAGUAGGACGAGAGCUCGUUGACGAUGCCGUGAGGGUCACGGAUGCGCAGGCUCUAGCAAUGGCUAGGUGGCUUGUGGAGAAAGACGGAAUCUUCGUCGGGAGCAGCAGUGCUGUGAACUGCUUUGCAGCCGUAAAGACGGCUAUGAAAUUGGGACCCGGUCAUCGAAUUGUUACAAUGCUUUCUGACUCGGGUUCAAGACAUCUUUCGAGAUUUUGGGCGAAAGCUGGGGACGUAGGUGGCGCUGUCGACACGAAGCUGGAGGACGUCUUGAACGCGAAAGAGGACCAGUAA